AUGGCUGCACUUCCAUUCGACCUGCGCAGCAUAGACAGACAGGCACUUUUCUACAACCCGGACAUGGCUGAAGGCACCCGGAAAUCAGGAAGUGCGACUCCAAGCAAGGCUUCUCAUCUCGUCGCAUUGGUCCACGGACUUUGGGGUAACGCGUCUCAUCUCAACUAUCUUGUAAAAGCCCUCCGCGAGAAAUACGGCGAGGAAGAGCUCAUUGUCCAUGCCUGCCGCAACAACGGCUCGUCCUUGACCUACGAUGGCAUCGAAGUUGGUGGCGAGCGCAUCGCCAAGGAGAUCGAAGACAUUCUACAAGAGCUAGGGCGCGAUGGGUACAAUAUCACGAAAUUCUCCAUCGUUGGGUAUUCUCUGGGAGGCCUCGUUGCCCGCUACGCCGUCGGGUUGCUUGACUCGAAAGGAUAUUUCGACAAGAUGAGCCCAACCAACUUCACCACCUUUGCCACUCCGCAUUUGGGCGUGAGGACGCCAUUGACGGGCUAUCAGAAUCAUCUGUGGAAUGUGUUAGGGGCCCGGACACUCUCGGCAUCUGGGCGGCAAUUGUUCAUGAUUGACAAAUUCAGGAACACCGACCGACCGAUUCUGAGUGUGCUGGCCGACCCUAACAGCAUCUUCAUCCACGCCCUCGCACGUUUCCAACACCGAUCCCUGUACACCAAUAUCGUCAACGAUAGGUCGGCGGUGUUCUAUACCACUGGAAUUUCGAGGACAGAUCCUUUCACCGAUCUCAGCAGGAUCGACAUCCAUUAUCUCAAGGGUUACGAACCUGUGAUAUUAGAUGCUGACCAUCCGGUUGACCUAAUCCCUAACCACGAGCUGCCCUCGUUCUAUCAGCGGGUCCGUCACAGUAGCCAAACCUUUCUGCACCGAACACCAAUCUUUCUCGCGCUGAUUCUUUUGAUACCUGUCGCGACUCUGGCGUUCUUGGCCAACUCCUGCGUCCAGACCUUUCGGAGCCGUCGUCGAAUCCAACUUCACGAAACCGAUAAACAUGGAGUGGGCUUUGGAAUGUAUCGCAUACCUUACAUGGUCCGCGAGAUGCGGGUUGGUCUGGAAGACGCGUUUGAGAAUGUGAAUUCGGCACAAGAACAAGAAUACCUUCCUGAAGGCUCCGAGGAAAUUGCGACUGGUGUUGCCUCAUCCUCGGUCUCGACGCUUGCCAACGCGUCCUCCGAGUCUUUGUCCUCUGAAAAGACAGAUAUCGACGUGACUAACAAGGACAAGUCAAUAGCCGAGAGGUCCCCCGACUUUUCAACGCUGGCGCUGACCUCGAUGCAAUUCGCAAUGAUCAAGGCUCUCGACGACGUGGGAUUUCGCAAGCAUCCUGUAUAUAUCCACAAGAGCAGUCACAGUCAUGCUGCAAUAAUUGUACGUGCUCCUCGACCUGCGUUUGAGGAAGGGAAGAUAGUGGUGCAACACUGGCUAGACAACGAAUUCCACAUCUGA